AUGUCGCUGAAGGUUGGGAUCAUUGGGGCUGGAAUCGGCGGCCUCUGCGCGGCGAUCGCCCUUCGUCGCACCGGUGCUCACGUCGAGAUUUAUGAGAAGUCUCACUUCCAGAAUGAGGUCGGCGCCGCCAUCACCAUUACUCCCAAUGGCAUGCGCGCGCUCGACCGCUGGGGCUUUGACACGAAGGAUGCUGGCGCCGUCGAGGCCAAGCAGCUGCGCAUGUGUGAUGACCAGACCUUGAGAGACCGUUUCGUCGAGUCCUUCAGGAAUGUCGAAAAAGAUUACGGGGCCCGCUUCAUGUUUUUCCACCGCGUGGACCUUCACACUGCGCUGAGGAAAAUGGCCGUGUCUGAAAACGGCCAGUCUGGGGUCCCGGUGGCUAUAAGGAAUGGAAAAUCAGUCACGUCCGUAGAUUGCUACGCUGGAAGAUUCACCCUGGAGGAUGGCGAAGAAGUGGAGAAGGAUUUGAUCGUGAUUGCCGAUGGCGUUCGGACUCGCUUCAUCAGCAAUAUCACGGGUCAAGAUCAGCCCCUGGAGCAUGUCGGCUUCUCCUUCUAUCGCUGUCUCAUCCCAGUGAACGAGAUUAACAAAGAUGCCGAGCUCAAGGCAGUUUGGGACAGGCAGGACCCAGGUUUCUGGGUUCCCUUCGACUUGGCAACGGGCUUCUUCCUCGUCUCUUACCCCUGCCGGGAUAAGUCCAUGAUGAAUAUCGCCCUGAAGCACAAGACGCGCGAUAAGGACCAAGAUGCAACCAGCUGGAAUACUGAGACCUCGCUCGCGGACAUUGUAGAUCUCGUCAAGGGACGCAACCCGCUGCUAGAGAGGCUCUUGCAGAAAACUUCAAGCAUGUCGGUGCACAAGGUGGAGCGGAGGGAUGUUCUCGAUCAGUACACAAAAGGCCGCGCUGUCAUUAUUGGCGAUGCAGCGCAUCCCAUCCAGCCAACACACGCUCAAGGAGCCGUCAUGGCUAUUGAAGAGGCCACGGCGCUAGAGGUGCUCUUCAGUGGUGUAACCGCUGCAUCACAGGUUCCUAAGCGCAUGUCCAUGUACAAUGCGCUGAUGAAGAAGCGGCUUAAUACAGCUCACCUUCUCUCAGAUGCCACUCCCGGAGUACUGGACGACAAAUAUAGAGAACAGGCCAAGGCGCUUUGGGAAGGGGAUAUCUACCCCCACACGGCGAUGAACUUCAGCAAACCAAUACGUGACUUCUUCUACCUUUACGACGUUCAUACUGAGGCAAAAGCGUUCUUAGCUGAGCACGCGAUAUAG